UCUGAUUUUCGGCGUCUUCUUGUAGCGAGUCAACGAAGCUGCUUUGCACACUGAGCGUAUUAUUAUAUUAUGAAUAUCCACAAGAUCGUAGUAUGAAAUUAUAGAUCUCUGGUUGAAUGAGUUAAGAGACAAUCACUUAAACAUAACUUGUCACAAAAAUGGGUAUUAAUCCGCUGGGUCGUGACCCCCCCCAGUACACACAUAAAAGUUAUGUCUGGUUAUUAUUGUGAAGCCCUGUAUUGCCUUUUCCUAUUAGUUUUCGGCAGUGUACUAUGACACCCCCAACCCGCCCACAUACACGAUUUUCUCAGCCGUUUUAGACCUUUUUCAGUUGUCAUGGUUACAGUUUUGCGUCCAAAAUGGCGUCCUUGUUUGGGGAGCAAGUGUUUCAAGUGAGUGGCCAGGGUCCACCACCUUCCAAAGAUUUUUUCCAGCUUGUGAUUACCAAAGAUCGAGUUAUAUGGACAACAUGGAAUAUUUCUUUGCGACGAGAGUGUAGGGGCACUCCACCCAAACAACUACAGACAACUCAUCAAGAUUUCCUUCAUGAGAAAAUGCUUCAAUAUGAGGUUGGCUUUGUUUUCGGGGAGAGGAUCUUGAAUUACAUACGGUCACUUUGCCAAGGGAAGUUUGAUUAUCUGGAGCGCUUACCUGAGGAGAUAUUGCUCAGGAUCUUGUCCUACCUUGAGCUGAAAGAUACAACAAUCCUGGCACAGGUUUCACACAGAUUCCAAAGGCUCUGCAACUCUGAGGAGUUUUGGGAGCAGACUGUGAGGGAUCGCUGUACUGGAUUUACCUAUGACAUGGAAGGCAUAGCCAAUGCCAUGGGCUGGAAAAGGACAUUUUUCACAUUUUUCCACAAAAAUGUCAUUACAGAAGAGCAGUAAAAAGUAAACAAAUAAAUAAAAAAAUUAACUGUUUUAUUACUAGUCUCAAAUGAUUGCAUACAAAUGCCAAUAACAACUCAACAUUUAUCAAACAGCCUGUGUUUUCAGAAAUUUAGUGCUUUAAGGGUUUGCAAAUUUGUUAUAUCACAAAAUGUGCCAAAUCUUGUUUAAAACAAAUAAUUACUUCUGUCUUUUAAUUAUACUUUAAAAAACA